GAGACGAGUCUGAUUUCGGGACAGCUUCUUUAACCAUCAGCUUUAAUAUUCUUAUGAUGAAAUAUUAUUGGGUUUAGUUUUACUGCUGUAUUUUAUAUAUAAUUCAGUUACUUUUACUUUUUUUAAUCUACGCAAUAUUUAUUUAUUUAUACGGAUAUAUUAUAAAUCAAUUGAUCGGUUCUGUAAUUGAUUACUGGAACAUUCUACACAACUGGGAAGGAUUUUUUCGAUCAAACAGGAUCUGAAGAAACGGAUUUGUGUUAAUUUUUCAGAAUGAACAAAGCCCCUGGUAAAACAAAGAUGAGUUAUUUUGGCACUUCAGAUGUGGACAACAGCAGCGCCAACAGCAAUGAAUACGAGGGUUAUCAAGAAAGUCCAAACAAAACUCAUAUUAAUGAAUGCACUGGUUAUCAAGAAAGUCCAAACAAAACAGCCAUUAAUGAAUACUACGCUUAUCAAGAAUGUCCAAACAAAACUCCUAUUAACAGAAUGAACAAAGCCCCUGGUAAAACAAAGAUGAGUCAUUUCGCCACUUCAGAUGUGGACAAUAGCAUUGCCAACAGCAAUGAAUACGAGGGUUAUCAAGAAAGUCCAAACAAAACUCAUAUUAAUGAAUGCACGGGUUAUCAAGAAAGUCCGAACAAAACAGCUAUUAAUGAAUACUACGCUUAUCAAGAAUGUCCAAACAAAACUCCUAUUAACAGAAUGAACAAAGCCCCUGGUAAAACAGAGAUGAGUCAUUUCGGCACUUCAGAUGUGGACAACAGCAGCACCAACAGCAAUGAAUACGAGGGUUUUCAAGAAAGUCCAACCAAAACUCCUAUUAACGGUUUGCAGUAUGUCGACGUGGAUGCAGAAAGCCAGAACUUUCUGUCUGGCAAGAAGAAAUAUGAGAAUGAAUAUAGUCCUGGAUCAGCGUCAUUUGGGAUGUCAGUGUUUAAUCUCGGCAAUGCCAUCAUGGGAAGUGGAAUACUGGGGCUUUCCUAUGCUAUGGCCAAUACUGGCAUCGCCCUGUUUGUGAUCCUGCUUGUGGCAGUGUUAAUCUUCUCCUUGUACUCUGUACAUUUGCUGCUCAAAACAGCCAACGAAGGAGGGUCUAUGGUUUACGAACAGCUGGGGUAUAAAGCGUUCGGAAUUCCCGGCAAACUGGCCGCCUCUUGCUCAAUCACCAUGCAAAACUUUGGAGCUAUGGCAAGCUACCUUUUCAUUGUGAAGUACGAACUACCGAUAGUCAUCAAGUCAUUUCUGGACGCCAAUGACAAUUCCUGGUACACUAACGGUGACUACCUCGUGCUGAUCGUCACCGUGGCCAUCAUUUUACCUCUCUCGCUCCUUAAAAACUUGGGUUACCUGGGAUACACCAGUGGCUUCUCCUUGUUGUGUAUGGUGUUCUUCCUCAUUGUGGUGAUCUACAAGAAAUUCCAGAUCCCUUGUCCUCUACCUGAAACCUUUAUUAACAUCACAGUGAACAGCUCUGUGUCUCAAACCAACACCACAGAGGACAACUGCUGCAAACCCAAAUACUUUGUCUUCAACUCGCAGACUGUGUAUGCGGUGCCCAUUCUGACAUUUGCAUUUGUCUGCCACCCGGCGAUUCUGCCCAUGUACCAGGAACUCAAAGAUCGUUCCAGAAAGAAGAUGCAGAAUGUGGCAAAUGUGUCAUUUGUGGGAAUGUUUGUUAUGUAUCUACUGGCUGCUCUCUUUGGAUAUCUGACCUUCAACGAGGCUGUCGAAUCCGAGCUCCUUCACACUUACUCCAGGGUCUACAGUUUUGAUAUGGUGCUUCUGGUGGUGCGUUUUGCUGUUUUGGUUGCUGUGACCUUAACUGUGCCUGUGGUUCUUUUCCCUAUUCGUACCUCAGUCAACCACCUGAUUUGCGCAUCUAAAGGCUUCAGCUGGCCCCGUCACAUCUGCAUUACCGUCGGCCUGCUUGUCUGCGUAAACAUCAUGGUUAUCUUUGUCCCCAGCAUCAGAGACAUUUUUGGAUUUAUUGGUGCAUCUGCUGCGGCCAUGCUGAUCUUCAUCCUGCCAUCUGCCUUCUACAUCAAACUGGUGCAAAAAGAGUCUAUGAAGUCUUUUCAAAAGAUUGCGGCACUUUUGUUCCUGAUCACAGGAAUCAUUGUUAUGAUCGUUUGUAUGACUUUGAUUAUUUUGGACUGGAUCCACAAUGCUGGGGUUUCUGAGGACACCGGCAGUGGCCACUAGUGGACAUGUCAUCUAUGACUGACAGGAA